AUCUGAAAAGACCUCUCUCUUCUUCUGUUGCACUGCCCCGGGGUUUUAUUUUCGGUCUUACAGAAGAACACAACCAAAAAAAAAAAACAAAAAAAAAAAACACUCAAUUUUCUUUGCUUUCUUUACAACACACCACGAAAAUCAAACUACCAGAUUACCCAGGAAUUCCACGACCGGAAAAUUCAAGCUAUUCAAUUUGUUCAACAAUUAGGGAAAUUUUUUAAAGAAAUCAGAUAGCUUUUGGUGUUAAAGGCACUUAAAGAAGUGAAGUUUGGGGCCAUUCUCUCCCCUGAGCACACGUUUUACUUGCUUAUUGAAGUUUUGAGAGGAUGGUCCACCGCACCAUGAGAUGUUGAUUAAUGGAUUCUGAAGGCAAGAAGUUUGGAAGAGGUCCGAGAGAGCUUACGGGUGCUGUUGAUUUGAUUACUCAUUACAAGUUGUUACCACAUCACGAGUUUUUCUGCAAAAAGUCACUUCCCGUAUCAAUUGCAGAUACCCACUACCUUCACAAUGUGGUUGGGGAUACAGAAAUUAGGAAGGGAGAAGGAAUGCAGUUGGAUCAGUUAAUACAAAAUCCGUCAUAUACGCUGGAUGGAAAUACACGGAUACGGCCCUUUGAUUUAGAUGCUCUUAGAGAAGCUUUUAAUCUGAGGGAAACAACCCCUGUUGACUUACCUUCCGAAGAAAAGGGGGUCCCUACAAUUGCAGGGAAAUCUAAAAGCGAGUCAAAAGACAAGGAUAGAAAGCACAAAAAGCACAAGGACAGGGACAAAGAGAAGGAUAAAGAGCAUAAGAAGCACAAACACCGCCAUAAAGACCGAAGUAAAGAUAAAGACAAGGACAAGAAGAAGGAUUCUGGGGGUGAACAUUCAAAGAAGCACCAUGAUAAGAAGAGGAAGCAUGAUGGUGAUGAGGAUGUAAACGACAUUCAUAGACAUAAAAAGAGUAAGCAUAAGAGCUCAAAAAUAGAUGAGAUUGGUGCAAUAAAGGUUGCUGGGUGAUACGUUGCUGAUAGUUGUGUUGAUUUAUUGUCUCAAUGUUGGGAAUUUCAAAGAGUUGAUUACUUCCACGCAGUCAUUCGAGAAUACUUCAUAAGUUGAGAAUUGUGUGGAAGGAGAACUCUUUGUGGCAGAAUGUAUUGAUCGGAGGUACAGAUUGCUGGUGGUGAAAAUUUUAAUGUAUCAUCUACAGGUCCCUUAAUAUAAUUGCUAGUAUACCUCUAUCAAAUUCUGAUCAUUUUUGUUUUCAGUUUAUAUGGCGCAUUGGAAAUUCCCAACUUCUUGUCCAUUAUGAUAACAAACAUUUCUUCUUUCUUGAGGUCCAAAUUUGAGCACUCUUACCAAUCUGAGUAACUGAGUUAGAAAUUACAGCUGGGUUUUAGAUUAGAAGAAGGGGUUAGGAUUGGUUGAAAGGUGCUAAAUGUAUUCCUUGUUUUUUUUACUUAUUUCUACUUCUAGGGAAUGUCGCUUCGUGUCAUUUUUUUUGUUAUUGUUAAAUUGUCCAAACAUUUAGGUAGAUUGUAAGGGCAGUUUUGCGUGUAUCCUAACUAAUUUCUUUAGUUUAUUAAUGGUGAAAUAUUCUUUGUAAA